AAAGCUGAGGUGGCCACCAAGAAGACCGAUGUCUCCUCUAACAGUGAAGAUGAGAGCCCGGAAGAGAACCCCACCACCUUCUCCAUCUCGGCCCCUCCCACACCUGCCAGCUCCACCAACCAGUUCAAGGAGAGUAUGGCCCUGCUGGAACUGGAUUUUGCUGAGUUCAAAGAGCUGACCCAGGCCAGGCUGUCCAACCUCAAAGACAGCUCUUUACAGCAGCUUAGAGAGGAGCUCCAGCAGCUCAAGAGGGACAACCAAGCCUCUGCAUCUGACUUCAGAGGAAGUUUAGAGGCACUCAGACAAGAAAACAGUGUACUCCGUGCUCAAGUUAACCAAAAUAAAGGAAGAUGCUGAGAAGAGAGAAAGGAGCUUCAUCAGAGAAGUCCAACACCUGACAGACAAACUUUCAUCAAUCCCCACAACCACAAGUACAGACACACAGACCCUCCCUGCCAGUGUCCCAAAUCCUUGCCUUGAUUCUGUCCCAUCCUCACUAACCAGCACCCAGCCCAACAACACCCUGACCCCUCCUGAUACAUCCACACACCCAGCUGCCAACGGCCAGCCCUGCCCAUUCCAGCUCCCCUCCACUCCUGAAGAACAAGCCCCACAAGUGGUCCUGCUGUCCGAUUCAAAUGGGAAAUCCUUGGACACAAGUAAACUUUUCCCAGGUAAAAAAGUGCUGUCUAAACGCUGCAGCAACACAGGCCAGGCAAUGAAGCUGCUGAAAAAGGAGACCCUCAAGAGCCCUCAGUGCCUGGUGAUCCACACAGAAACCAACGACCUGCACAGCCUCCGAAAGGACACCGCUGACGCAAUAAAGAAGAUGGCGGAGCAGGCCAGUAUGGAGUUCCCUAAUACCCGAAUUGUGGUCUCCACUCUACCUCCUAGGAGGUCAGAAGAGGAUGUUCCACCUUGCCUAAUGUCCACCUGGCCUUCCACCCAACCAUUGGCACCUGGGACCUUUAUGACGGGCUCCAUGUUCACAAAGAGAAGGUGGGGAUAUUUGCAAAGACCCUCAAAGAUGCAGCCCUGGGACGCAGCCCCUCAACCUCCUCCCCUACUGGGAGCUUCAGAGACCACCCUCCUCCUACCCACCACCACCCUAGAAUCAUCCCCCCUGCUGCGAGGAGACACAACAAUCCAGCCUGGACAUCCCACUCCCCACACAGCCACCACCUCACCACUGGGAGGCACAACCAGAGGAGACCACCUUCCCCCUCCCAAACUUCUGCCUACCAACCCCCUCCACACCCACAGCAGCGGAACAAUGCUGCAGCCCCUUGUCCCCCUCUACAUCCACAGCAGCGGAGCUAUGCUGCAGCCCCUUGUCCCCCUCUACAUCCACAGCAGCGGAGCUAUGCUGCAGCCCCUUGUCCCCCUCUACACCCACAGCAGCGGAGCUAUGCUGCAGCCCCUUGUCCCCCUCCACACCCACAGCAGCGGAGCUAUGCUGCAGCCCCUUGUCCCCCUCUACAUCCAAAGCAGCAGAGCUAUGCUGCAGCCCCUUGACCCCCUCUACAUCCACAGCAGCAGAGCUAUGCUGCAGCUGUAGCCCAGGCUGCUGCCACAGCACCUUCCCCUGCUACCUCUGAGCUGGGAGACAUCAGGGAGAUGCUACACACCCUGUGCACCAGGCUUCUAUCCAGCUAAGUUGUACUGUACACCUUCCCAGUUGACAAACAGAAUAACAUGGAACUAUACUGUUUGCAGUAGUAGUAAUAUAAAUAGUAGUAACCCGUACAAUGGUAAUAUUUGCAAAACAGUACACCUCCACUAAAUACAUAUACAUUUAUAGUGUUGCUAAUAAGAUAAAUAAUUGUAGAUGUUUAAAUUUUUGUCUCACUAUCUACGUUCAUUUUGAUUGUUUUCAAAUGCGUUCAUUUCAUAAAAGUUGUUGGAAUAUACAGGGUCUUCUCUCCUCAACCUUUGAGCUGAAGAGUGGAAACCCUGAAUUCAUUAAUUCUAUCAAAGACGUUGAUAUAAUUGUACUGACAGAAACAUGGUAUCAAAAUAAUCUGCUCACUCACUGUCCCCCAGGAUACAAUGAAGUCAUGGUGCCCUCUUUAAAACUACCUAACAUACGCAAGGGCAGAACAUCGGGAGGGAUCUUGGUGUGGUAUAAAGAAGGUCUUUGUCAUCAUAUCUCACCAGUUAAACAGGGGAAACGUGCUCUUAAUUGGAGAUCUGAAUGGACGGACAGGAAUCGAACCUGACAUCAUCGACCCACAGGGCAACAACCAUGUGUUUGUCCAACCACGGCCUUUACGAUCGUCGAUCCCUCUCGGCGGGAGAAUCGGCCGGGCGUCGGGGAAACCGCAGGCGGACCCGCCCGCCUAGAGGCAUGGCACGCCUUUAUUUAGUCCAACCGCGGCUUCGGAGGAAACCGCAGCGGGACAUGCCUGCCCGCCCACCUGCCCAGAGGCGUGCCAAGCCUCGGAAUCUGAGGCCUGUGACGUCAGGUCAAGCGUCAGGGGAAACCAUUGCGGGACAUGCCUGCCCGCCCGGCAUGGCACGGCACGGCAUGGCCUUGUGAAGUGGAAUGAUAUCACACUGUUGCAAUUAUGAAUAUGAAGAACAAUUAUGGAUUAUAUGAUUGAAAAACUUACCUCUUAAUCACUUUUUAUAAUUUUAUACCUGUAUAUGUUACUGAAAAAACCUGAUGCAAAGCUGUUGACUGUUUGGUAUUUUUUUAUCCAAUGACUUAGUAAUUUGAAUAUUUCUUCAUCACUUGGAAUGAGGCGGGUCACUUGGAAUGCCUGUCACAAACAUCCCUCUCUUCCACUCUAUUUAGUCCAACCACGGCCUUUACGAUUGUCGAUCCCUCUCGGCGGGAGAAUCGGCCGGGCUUCAGGGAAACCGCAGCCGGGCCGAGAGGGAUCGCAGGCCAAUAUCUCAAAGACGGCCUUUAUGCUUCGACGAGCCGCGAUCGCUCUUUGGCGGUCGAAUUAGGGACAUUUAUUUGUCCAUGUAAUCAUGUGAGCUGUAGGCAAGUGCUACUAACACACAUUCGUUGGGGGUCAGGACAGCCGUUAUCUAGGGUCACGCAGCUAUGGCUCAGGAUUUCAGUGCGCUGCAAGUUCUACAACAGAUGUUUGCAAAUAUCGAGCAAAGUGAGUCUAAAGAGGAGACCGAGGAUGUGUCAGAAAUAGAAGACGGCGAAGAGUGUGUGGAGAUGUGGCAGAAGAGCAGGAAGAAGAAGAAGAAGAAGAAGAAAAAGACGACGGGCAAGAGUACGCGGAGCAUGUGUCGGAACAAGAAGACGGGCAAGAGUAUAAUGCAGUCGACGACAACGCAGCUGCCGCCGCCGACCGAGCCCCUGAAAUCGACAGAGAUACUUUCUUGUCGAAAGAUGGCAAAAUUGAAUGGCGUUCGGUUGCGUAUCUGAGGAAUCCGAGGCUGCUGUUUCAACGUGACAGCCGUGAGAGGACCCCCAGAGGACCCACAGCGUACAAAUCGAGAGAGUGAUCUUGGACGAGACAAAUCAGGAUAUUAUCUUACUAUCUGAAACGCGGAGAGGAGUGGAAAGCCAUGGACGCCACUGACCUACGUGCCUACAUAGGGCUGCUAAUCCUGGCAGGGGUGUACAAGUCCCGAGGCGAAGCCAGUCUAUGGGACGCGCAAGGCGGCAGAGCGAUUUUCCGCGCUACCAUGCAGCUGAAAGUCUUGUACACCUAUUCGACGUCGAUACGAUUUGACGACCGUGGGACGCAAGCGGCGAGACGCGCCACGGACAAGUUGGCGGCGAUACGAGAGGUCUGGGAUAUGUGGGUAGAGGGAUUACCCCGCCUCUGAGUAGGGGGUACCUGCAGAGCUGGAGACCCCCGGAGACCCCGGAGGGCCAGAGAGCUGCAGUUUUAGGACCGCAGUUUCAGGACUGCAGUUCUAGGACCCUCGUUUUAUCUGACAGCGCCACGUAGCGAAUAGGAUAAACAUGGACCGGAACAAGAUCAUAUUUUCCUGCAGUAGUGAAUAUUGUAGGAUUAUGGCUCAGAACAAGAUGGACUAGAAUCAGAGUGUAAGUAGCUAAUGUGAAUCGCGUAUGGUUAUGUAUCAAACAAUUCUGGUGACUUGAAUUGGACAACGUUAGCUAGCUAACUUCAACUUUGCUGUCGAAAUAAUUUCAAGACACUGGAGUGGUUUUCAACGUCAAACAAACUACUUGAUUAGCUAGAGCUAACAUUCAGUAGUUAUAGCACUAGCUAGCUAGCUCUUCCUUAAAAACGAACCGUAAAUUGUUACUCUGUUUAUUUGUUUAAUGAAACAGUAGCGCAACGUAGCUUAUCAACAAUCAAGUAUUGUUCAACAUAUUUAAAUUAGCUAAACGUUCAAAACAAUUCUGGUACAAUUAUCUAUUCACUUAUGAAAAUUGUAUGAAAUGCAAACUUUUAGACUAUUUGUUUUGUUUUAUUGAAACCAAGCCCAACUACUGUAGGUGUCUUAUGAUAAAGCCAGCACAUUAAUAAAACUUCAAACAAAUGAUAGGUUAAAAGCAAGUGGAUUGGAUCUGUCAGGUAAACGAAAUCUGCAGCCUACUGUCUUAAAAAUUAAUCCUAUAAUUUUUGUAGGCCAUCAUAUAGGCUACGGCCAGGGCUGGAUUAAGACAAUGGGCUUUAGGGGCUGCAGCCCCGGGCCUCGCCACCAGGGGGGCCUCAGGCUGCCCGAUGUCGAAUGAGUCAACGGCACUGCGCAUAACAUUAGAAAAAUUCUGAGUGAAAACUAAAAUAAUGUGCGAAAAUGUCCGGCCAAGGAAAGCAGAUGGGACUAAACUCGAAUAGCUUCAGCAACUUUUUAUAGUACAAAAUCGUUCAUCAAAAGGAGAUGCAGUCUUUCGACACACCCUCCAAUCAUCAAGUAG